AAAAUACAAUCCCCAUGUUCAAACAAGACUUCCACAUUCUUCUUCAUCUUAUGUUCAGUGAAUAAUGAAUCCGAUUCACCUAUCUCCAGUCCUCCCCAAUAACCCCCCAAACUUUAAAGAAAACAGUAAAAAAAAGGAUAUGAUAAAAUAAGUUUGAAUAAGCUUAUAGUUGCAGCAAGAAUGAAUGAUCGUUUAAUCAUUAUAUUUACGCCGCUUUCUCUCUGUCUCUCUCUCUCCAUAAAUCAAUGGCCUUUGAAGACUUCCAUCUCCCCACCAUUUAUGAAAACCACCUUCUGAGCUUUGUGUCUUGUGCUUAAAUUCCCUCUCUCUUUCUGUCUGCAAAUCCAGAAAGCGCGUUGAGAUUUUAAUGGAGCUUUGUAGAUGGGUAGGUGCUUCUGCUUCUCUCUAAUACCUCAUGGAGAAAUGGGUCUCUGCACUCCACUUUCUCUCUCUCUCUCUACAAAUGCUUCGAAACCAGACAAGGUGAGUUCACGUUUUUCUGACUACCAGAUGUCAGAGACAACCCCAAAACCACUCUACUGUUAGAGAGAGGUUUCACCUCUGGAUUUGCAGUAAUGAGUGGUUCUCAUUAAUUUGGAGAAGGCUCUGUAUUUUUACUUGCUCAUUGACUCGUUUGAACCUCUCUCUCAAAUGGGUUUCUCUGUUCUUAAUCUUUGACUGAGUUUGAACCUCUCUCUAAAAUGGGUUUCUGUGUUUUCAAUGUGUUACUGGUCUUUGCCUUAGUUUUAGGGAACUCUCUCUCUCAAGACCUUAACUCAGAUGGGGCUUUCAUUUCUGACUUCCUGAGAGAAAUGGGGGUCCCAGAAGGCGAUUUCAACUUUGCUGCUCCUUUUUGUUCCUGGAGAGGAGUCUUUUGUGAUACCCAAAAGGAAAAUGUGCUCAAAUUAGAGCUCUCGGGCUCUGGUCUCUCUGGUGUGUUGCCUGAAAACACCUUUGCUAAGCUCAAAAAGCUUCAAUCUAUGGAUCUGAGCAACAAUUCCAUCACUGGUUUUUCCUCUGAUUUCUGGGGCUUAGGUGGUACUCUCUUGAGUCUCAACCUUUCUUCAAAUCGAUUUUUCGGAAUCCUUCCUAGUAAUAUUGGGAAUUUUGGGUUCUUGAAAAGCUUUGAUCUUUCCUUUAAUAAUUUUUCAGGAGAGAUACCGGCAAGUUUAAGCUCUCUCUUAUCUCUGCAAGUUCUCGCCCUAGGUAGCAAUUCUUUUGAGGGGAACAUUCCUGUGCAAAUAUUGAGCUUGAAAUUUCUGGUUGCUGUUGAUCUUUCUUUAAACAGGCUUGUUGGGGAAAUCCCGCAAAAUUUCUCGGCUUCUUUAACAGGACUCAAAGCUCUCAAUCUUGCAGGAAAUGGAAUUCAGGGUAGGAUUUCUGAUUUCUCAGGCCUGAUAUCUUUGGAGUCUCUCAAUAUUUCUGGUAAUUUUUUUGAGGGUCCAGUAUUGGGUCUAUUUCAGGAAUCAUUGAAGGUCUUAGACAUUAGCAAAAACCAGUUUCAGGGCCAUAUUUCACAGAUAAGCUUCAAUUCGAAUUGGCCUAAUCUGGUUUUCCUCGAUAUGUCAUUGAACCAACUCAGUGGAGAGAUUUUCACUGAUUUGAACAAAGCCCACUCUCUAAAGCACCUCAACCUUGCUCAUAAUCGUUUCUCUCUCCAAAAAUUCCCUCUCAUAAAUGACCUCAAGUCCCUCGAGCGUCUAAACCUAUCGGACACUGGACUCACAGGCCCAAUCCCUCAAGAAAUCUCAGAACUCAAGAGUUUACAUCUCCUUGAUCUCUCUCUAAACUUUCUCACUGGUACGGUUCCCAGUCUAACCACUCUGGACCAUCUCGAUCUCUCUUACAACAAUCUCAGUGGAGAAAUUCCUUCACCAUUGUUAGAAUCUCUACCUUCAAUGGAGAAAUUUAACUUUUCCUAUAACAAUUUGACAAUUUGUUACAAGAAUUCACUUCCUCAAACUUUCCCAUUAUCCUUCUUGGGAUCCACUAACGGCUGCCCAAUAGCAGCUGAUCCAAACCUUUUCCAAAGAACCCGAACAAGAAACCGACACAUGAGGCUUGAGCUUGCAAUAACUAUUGCCACUGUUUGUUUCCUAGCUGGUUUGGUUUGUUUAGCCUUUGGUUGUCGACGAAGAACCAGGCUGUGGGCAGAGAAACAAGUUCCUUACAAGGAAGAACAGAACAUUUCAGGACCAUUUUCAUUUCAAACUGAUUCAACAACUUGGGUUGCUGAUGUAAAGCUUGCUACCUCAGUACCAGUGACCAUGUUUGAGAAGCCAUUAAUGAACAUUACAUUUGCUGAUCUUUUAGCCGCUACUUCUCAUUUCGAUAGAGGAACUUUGUUGGCAGAAGGGAGAUAUGGCCCUGUUUAUAGAGGAGUUUUACCAGGAGGAAUCCAUGUAGCUGUGAAAGUUUUGAUAAAUUCUUCCUCCAUUAAUGACCAAGAAGCAGCUUCAGCGCUCGAACACUUAGGUAAAAUCAAGCACCCCAACCUUGUUCCAUUAACUGGUUAUUGUUUAGCUGGGGAUCAAAGAAUAGCCAUCUAUAAAUACAUGGAACACGGAAAUCUGCAAAAUAUGCUCCAUGAUUUGCCGAUUGGUGGCCAAAUUACAGAGGAUUGGAGCACUGAUACAUGGGAAGAAGAAUACGGCGGUGAAACUCAAGAGAAACAAAGUUUAAUUUCAUGGAGAUUUCGCCAUAGAAUUACACUGGGAACUGCAAGAGCUAUAGCAUUUUUGCACCAUGGUUGCUCACCGCCUAUAAUUCACAGAGAUGUUAAAGCAAGUAGCAUAUAUUUGGACGCCCAAUUUGAACCAAGGUUAUCAGAUUUUGGACUAGCAAAAAUCGCAGGAAUUGAGCCUGAAAAUGAGAGGUUUUUGGGCUCUCCCGAAUAUAAACCACCAGAAUUUGAUCAAAAUCCAGCGAGUUUAGUGAGUGAGAAGAGUGACGUUUAUGCAUUUGGGGUUGUGUUAAUUGAGGUGAUUACUGGUAAAAAGCCAUUAGGUGAUGAAUAUGGAGAAGGAGAAGUGAGUCUUGUUAGUUGGGUUAGAGGAUUGGUAAGGAAGAAGAUUGGGUGGAAAGCCAUUGAUCAAAAGAUUAUAGGGACUGGUUCUCAAGAACAAAUGGAGGAGGGAUUGAGGAUUGGAUAUCUUUGCACUGCUGAGUCACCAUUGAAGAGGCCUGAUAUGCAUCAGAUUGUGGGGCUCCUAAAGGAUAUUGAGCCAGUUGGGGAUCAAUGAGUGGGGGAGGAGAGAAGUGCUCUCUCUCUCUGUCUCUCUCUCUACAGUAUAAGUUAUACACUGUACAGAGAUUUUUUGGCAAGAGAAUUUUUUUUUUUUUGCUGGUUUUGUCACCUUCUUUGUUUUAAUCCAAACAAAAGAUAUCCUCUGUUCUUUUCUUUCUACCUGUUUCCUUUUUACUGGAUUAUUUUUGUUACUAAUAUUAGUUGUUCUUCGGUC